GCUCCCGCCAGGCGUUCCACCGGUGGAGGUUCUCUCGUCUCGCGCGGACGAUGACGCGCUCGAGGACGCGCGCGGCCGCUGUUCCCAAGAGCCCGCCGCCGCGCUCCGCCGGGUCCUCCAGCCGGCCCGCCAAGGCGGCGCGCUCGGAUCCCGACGACAGCCUCGAGGGAGCGCUCGACUUUGACGCCCUCUCGCCCGACCUCGCGCCGCCCAAGAAGGCGAGCAAGUCGCGGCCGCGCAAGCGCCCCGCUCCGGCGGCGCCCGUGCCCAUCGACCCGCGCCGCACGCCCUCGCUCGAGCUCGACGACGACUCGAUCAAAGAGGACUGCGACGACAACGAGCAGGACGGCCUCAUCGUCAAGGGGCCGUGGUCGGAUCCCGAGGACGCGAUGCUGCGCUCCCUCGUCGCCGAGCAGGGCGCCAAGCGCUGGUCCGCCAUCGCCGCGAAGCUCCCCGGCCGCAUCGGCAAGCAGUGCCGCGAGCGGUGGCACAACCACCUCAACCCCACCAUCUCCAAGAAUGCGUGGACCGAGGAGGAGGACCAGAUCAUCAUGCAGGCCCACCUGGAGCUCGGCAACAAGUGGGCCGAGAUUGCAAAGCGCCUGCCGGGCAGGACCGACAACGCCAUCAAGAACCACUGGAACUCGUCGGUCAAGCGGCGGGCCGAGAUGGCCCGCGGCGGCCUCACGGGCGCCCUCUCCGCGCCCAAGCCGCGCCGCAGCAAGCAGGCCGUCGCGCCCGCGGCCGGCCCCGCGCUCGACGACUACGCCGAGGUGCUCGACGAGUACGCGGACGGCGUCGGCGGCGACUUUCUCAAGACGCUGAUGGAGUCGCCCUUCCGCGAGCCCCUGCGCCCGCAGUACGACCCCUCCGCCGAGGAGCGCCGCGCGGCUCGGGGCGGGAGCCUGCGCCGGCCGCACCCAGAGAUGGCGCGGUGGCAGGACGGCGCCAGCCACGACGGCGCCAGCAGCAGCCCGACGGAGGCGGACCGGUGCACCUC